GUGUUUUAGGAAUGCCACACUGCUUCCUUGGGGCAUAGGUGGGCCAUGGUUAGGCAUCUCCCCUGGCGUCCACGUCUGGGGCCACCGCAGCAGGUCCUAACUUGGCUGUCCUUCUGCCUCCCAGUUCCAGGGCUCUGGCCAAUAAACAGUCCCCAGGAAGCUUCAGUACAGGCUUCUGGAGGCCAGGUGGCAUCCAGUGGACAGCAAGCCUCACUGGGGACACUACUGUGUCCUGGGAGCUGGGGAGAGGGGCUUGGCUGGUGCUCCAAGCGGGUAGGGGAGCUGCACUUGGCUUCCUCGGUGCAAUGGGGCUUUGACAUGGGAAAGUCUGGGAAAGGGGAGCAGGAAGAAGAAAACAUUUCAAAGAAAACUAAUUUUUGCCCAUAAGGACAUUGUCUGUCUGGGGCAGGAGAGAGAGUUUUUGUCUUCUUUGCUCCAAGCCCCCUCCACAGGGUCCCUAAGCCCUUUCUCCAACCCUGUAUGGAUGGUUUUCUCCCCUUUAUCAGGUGGUUCCUUAUGUCACGACAAUUUUUGGUGGCCUGCGUGCAGGCAAGAUGGUCAUGCUGCAGGGAGUGGUCCCCCUAGCUGCACACAGGUUCCAGGUGGACUUCCAGUGUGGCUGCAGCAUGCACCCCCGGCCAGACAUCGCCAUCCACUUCAACCCUCGCUUCCACACCACCAAGCCGCAUGUCAUCUGUAACACCCUGCACGCUGGGCGCUGGCAAGCCGAGGCCCGGUGGCCCCGCCUGGCCCUGCAGAGAGGAGCCAGCUUCCUGAUCCUCUUUCUCUUUGCAAAUGAGGAAAUGAAGGUGAGCGUGAAUGGACAACACUUUCUCCACUACCCCUACCGGCUCCCACUGUCUCGUGUAGACACCCUGGGCAUAUUUGGUGACAUCUUGGUGAAGGCCGUAGGAUUCCUGAACAUCAAUCCAUUUGUGGAGGGCGGCAGCGAGUAUCCGGUUGGACACCCUUUCCUGCUGACGAGCCCCAGGCUGGAGGUGCCCUGCUCGCGUGUCCUUCCCCGGGGUCUCUGGCCCGGACAGGUCAUCAUACUGCGGGGGCUGGUCUUGCCAGAGCCCAAGGAUUUCACGCUGAGCCUGCGGGAUGAGGCCGCCCGCAUCCCCGUGACUCUCAGGGCUUCCUUCGCAGACAGAACUCUGGCCUGGAUUUCGCCCUGGGGCCAGAAGAAGCUGAUCUUGGCCCCUUUCCUGUUCUACCCAAAGCGAUUCUUUGAGGUGCUGCUCCUGUGCCAGGAGGGAGGGCUGAAGCUGGCACUCAAUGGGCAGGGCCUGGGGGCCACCAGCCUGGACCAGCAGGUCCUGGAGCGACUGCGGGAGCUCCGGAUCAGUGGCAGCGUCCAACUCUACUGCGUCCACUCCUGAGGAGAGAUCCAGAGGCACGCUAGGGAAGGAGGGCCAGCCCAUAGGAUGCCCCACAGAUGGCCCAGCUCUCCUCCCCUCAUUAAACUGCCACCUGUCACCACCACCCGAGUCUGCAGCGCUUUGGGCCCCAGAGCAGAGAGAAGGCCAUCUGCCAGGGCUCCUCGUGUGACGCCGCUCCCUCCACUAGGAGCCUGGGAUCGGACUCCAUCGUCCUUCAGAGCCUAGAUAAGGAGGCAGAUCUUGUAGCCAAACAAGGACACUCAAGAAUACAGUGGCUUAAGGAAUUUAGACACUUAUUUUAUUCUCAUCUAACAGUUCUGGAGAAAAUGGUCCAGGGUGAAAUGCUGAGUUUUAACAUAAUUGUAGAUUUUAGUAACCCCACCACCACAGUCAGAACAUGUAACAGCCCCAUCGCUCCAAGAACACCCUGGUGUUACUCCUUCGUAAUCACACCUCCUUGACCCCAGUGACCCAAAAAUCUGUUCUCCAUUACUACAUUUUUGUCUUUUUGGGAAUGUCGUAAGUGAAAUCAUACAGAAUGCGACCUUGUGAAACUGUUUUCUUUUUGUUCAGCGUUCUUUUGAGGUUAAUCUGAGAUGCUGUGUGUAUCCGUUACCCAUCUCUGUUCAUACUCAGUAGCAUUCCAUUGUUCCACAAUUUGUUUACCAACUGACCCACUGAGAGAAUUUUUGAAUUGUUUUGAGUUUUUGGCAAUUAUGAAUAGAGCUACUAAAAACAUUGGUAUACAAGUCUUUGUAUGAACAUAACUUCUCGUUUCUCUAGGGUAAAUACCUAGUACUGGGAUUAUUGGAUCAUAUGAUAAAUGCAUGUUUAACUUUGCAAGAAACUGCCAAACUAUUUUCCAGAGUUUUAUUUCAUUAUUUCAGAAUGGGUUUACCAUUUUGCAUUCCUUCCAGCGCUGUAUGAGAUUUCCAACUGCUCCGCAUCUUCGUACUUACUACUGUCAGCAUUUUUUUUUUUGUCAGUUACUAGUCACAUUUUAUUUUGUUAUUUGUAUCAUGGGUACAUAAGUGCAUAUUCCUUAUUAAAGCUCCUUUCAGGGUUUUUGUGGGGUUUUUUUUGAGAGGGCAUCUCUCAUGUUUAUUGAUCAAAUGGUUGUUAACAACAAUAAAAUUCUGUAUAGGGGACUCAAUGCACAAUCAUUAAUCAACC